GUCGUAACAACCAGGAAGUCCAAAAGGGCAUAAUCCCGAACAAAUCCCGGGCGGAAGAACUGGCCACCGCCCAGUUCAACGCAACCAAAAAGGAAAUGUCAGCCAACGAAUCUAGGGGCAGCUUCUUUAAAAGACGGAGGAGCUCUAAUAGAAGAUCUAAAAGUCUGGGCAAGGAACACUGGGACGAUAUACUGUUUUCCGAUACCGUCUCCAAAUUCCCAGCUUACGAGAGAGUAUUGUUGAAACAUCCUGGGUUCACCAGGCCCGUGAUACUUUUCGGACCAAUAGCAGAUGUCGCGAGGGAGAAAUUGUUGAAGGACUUUCCCGAUAAGUUUAUUUCACCACAGCUGGACGCAACAGUGGAAGAAACCAGCUCCAAGCAUAAGUCCUCGACGAACUCGAAUAUCAUAAGACUGUCUGCCAUAAGGGACGUCAUAUCGACGGGAAAGCACGCCUUGCUCGACAUCACCCCCAAUGCGGUGGAAAGGCUUAAUUACGCGCAGAUGNUUUACAAGAUAAUUGAGAAUUUACAUUUU